GCUAACAAGACGUGUUUUGAUGUGGGUUUGUGUUUGUUUUUGUUCAAAGUAUGGUUUGGUUUGUGUUUGUUUUUGUUCAAAGUAUGGUUUGGUUUGUGUUUUAAGGAGUGGCUUUGGUCGGUUUUGGAUUUGGUUGAGUGGUGUUUUGAGUUCAAGUUGAGGUCAAAGUUUGAUUCUUUUGGUGAUUGUUUGUGAUUUGGGCAUCUGGGUUAUUGUUAAGAUUCAUGAAAGUUUAGUCCUUUAUGUUUUGUUCUGAUUUCUACAUGGUUUGUUUCGUUUUAAUUGGUUUCUAAGUUUACAAAUGAAUUGGUUUUUGUUUAGAAACAGUGAUUAAGCUUAUGAAUAAGAUGUUUAUAGCUACAAAUUCGAAGAAUUUAAUGUAAAAAAGCAUGGUCGGUGGCUUUGUGGAGUUGUUUAUUGCUUGAAAUCUGAUGGUGUUUAAUAGAUUUGAUAUGAUUAAACAUGUUACCGGUGUUAAUCUGAGUGAUUAUUUCUUCUCGCUCUCCUCUUUAUUCUUUCUUCCUUCCUUUCUGUCUCUCUUUUCUAAGUCAGGUGAUUCAAGCUCAGGCUCGAACUCGAUUUUGACUCGAUUACAACCGAGUCGGGCUCGAGUUUGAGCUCAAUAAUUGAAGCUCGGUCGAGCUCGAGCUUCGACUAGUCCAGCCGAGCCGAGAUGAGCUCGAGCCUCUCAAUACUCGGCUCGGCUUGAUUACACUUGAAAGAAAGAAAGAUUGAUAUUUCUUUUGACCCGUAAUAGUAAGGUUCAGAUUAAAAGCCACCGACAACUUUAUUUUAAUCAUGGUUUACGCCAUGAUGAGAAGAAUUCCAUUUAAGAACAAAUUCGCAAGUUUCUGAUUAUAUAAGUCAGUGUGAUUUAGCUAAUUGCAGAGCUCAAAUCUCAAGGUCUUUUUCCCUCGGUCUUUAAGUUUCUUGAAUCCGUUUCCUUAACUUUUUCAUCCGCAGUGGAUAGAGAAAGCAAUUAUGGAGAAAAGGGAGCAUGCAUCAAUUGAUAUCGAGAAACUGGCGGAUACAUUGAAUGGGAAGCUUAGAACCUUGCAUCCUUUGUCCAGAAAGUGUUGCAUUUAUAGAAUUUCUCAACGAAUCCGACAGUUAAACGAAAGUGCAUGCUCUCCUCGGGCAGUUUCCAUCGGUCCAUUUCACCAUGGCAUAGAGGAACUAAAAGCCAUGGAAGAACAAAAACUGGCAUUCUUACGAGAUUUCCUUCACCGAACAGAGAAAAGUAUUAUGGAUUUUCUUUUAUAUGUAAAGGAUAAAGAAGUAGAACUGCGUGAAUGUUAUGCAGAAACCAUUAGUAUAGAAAGUAAUGAGUUUGUAGAAAUGAUAUUACUUGAUGCAGCCUUUGUCAUUGAAUUUUUACUAAAGUGCAACAGGAUCUCCAGUGGAGGGCAGUCUGCAUAUAUAUCUUCUUCCAUCUUUUUUGAUUUAUGGCCUGACAUAUGGAAGCUAGAAAAUCAACUUCCAAUGUUCAUGCUUAAGGGCUUGUUUGAGCUAGCCAUGCCCAUGAAGGGAAUGCCUGAUGAACUUUCCCUGUUCAAACUAAUCCGUAAUUUGAAGAUGGAUAUGGUUGGUUGUUGUCUAUUGAAAAUAGAAGAAAAUUUUCUCGAAGACUGUUUUUCUGAAGGGAAACACUUACUCGAUUGGUUAAGACUUUGUCUUCAACCACCAGAGUUGCACUCACAAAAUGAAUUCAAAACUGCAACCACACCUGCUAUAACAGAACUUGAGCAAGCUGGAGUCAAGUUUAAGGUUGGUUCAAGCAAAUAUUUUUUUGAUAUCACAUUCAAAAAUGGGAUUCUGGAAAUUCCAGAAUUGUUAAUAGUUGCUGAUACGGAAAUCUUGUUCAUGAAUCUCCUAGCUUAUGAGCAAUUAAAUUGCAGUACCAGAUAUUCGAAUGACUUCAUUGUACUUAUGAAUCGCCUUGUUCGCACUCGAAAAGAUGAGGAAAUACUCAUUCAAAAUGGAGUUAUUGAAGAUUAUAUCUGGGGUAAAGGAGGAGGGACAGCUGUUUUUCAGAAGCUUGGCCAAGAGAGUGAUACAAAGACUGACUCGUUUUACUAUACAGAUCUUGUUAAUCAACUAAACGCCUACUGUGGAACCCCGUGGAACAAGUGGAGGGCGGCCUUGAAACAAAAUCAUUUCAACACUCCAUGGGCUUCUAUCUCUGUCAUUGCAGCUGUAAUUCUUCUCGUUCUCACCUUCAUACAAGCAGUUUGUUCUGUCAUUGCGUUGUAGCUAUUUCGAGAUACCUUUGCAAGGAUUUCAUUUAUAUGCCAGUUUAAUAUGAGAAUUAAUUAAGAGAGGUUGAUUGUGUAAAAUGGCUGCUUGUUUAUUUUUACCACUGUGUAUGAUUUUACAAAUGUUCCGAGUGAUGAAUUGC